UAUACUUGGUUACUCUUACGCGUCGGUUGCUGCAGACUGUUUACCUGCAUAUGAAAGGCUCGUAUUGUCGGUGUCAAAGCACGAACACGAGCAAUAUUAGCUUCAUGUUGAGAGACGAACAUUAAUAACGGUGAAUAACCACUAACGUCCGCGGUGUGUUUGUUUGUUUCUCCGCCCAAUCCGGAAGAAGACUUGUUAUUUUGUAUUUUCUAAGGUGACGUGGAGUCGUAGCUCUGCUGCUGCACUUCACUGUCUCAUGUGUCCGUGAAAGUACUCAGCGUACACGGAUAUGGAUACAGUGAGCGCACAAUAACGCGGAUACCGAGGCUUUACAGCAUGUUUGGCCGUACAUUGGAACACUGAGCUCCAGAAUCGGCUCACACCGGAGCAGGAGGAACAUCGUCGGGGCCUAGAAUCAGAGGAACCCGCCGGACAGACAGGUUUUGUUGGAUCUGUGGCAUCCGGAUUGACUUGCUAUCACACUGAAGCCAUGCAGUGCAGGCGGAGACACCUGCUGGGCGGCUGCUACAGGACAGUGGGCCCGUGCUGUAUCUUGAUCCUGUGCAUGGUCUUAGGCUGCCUCGCGGGCUACAAACAGGGGGACAACGUGACUCUCUAUGUGAACAAAGUGGGCCCUUAUCAUAACCCCCAGGAGACAUAUCACUACUACACCCUGCCUGUGUGCAGGCCAGAGAAGGUAAACCACAAGUCACUGAGUCUAGGAGAAGUGUUGGACGGUGACAGAAUGGCCGAGUCAUUAUAUCACAUCCGUUUCCGAGAGAAUGUGGAGAAAAAACCUCUUUGUCAACUGACACUGUCAGAGAAACAGGUGGACCAGCUUCGAGAAGCCAUUGAGGAGCUGUACUACUUUGAAUUUGUCAUGGAUGACAUCCCCAUCUGGGGGUUUGUGGGAUACAUAGAAGAGAGUGGCUUUCUGCCUCACAGCCAUAAGGUCGGUUUGUGGACACACCUUGACUUCAACAUCGAGUACAACGGUGACUCUGUGAUUUUUGCUAAUGUCUCAGUAAAAGAUGUCAAACCUGUUCCCCUGGAGGAGGGGGCGGGCGCAGUAGUGGGUGGAGUGGGCUUGGGUGGAGGAAGCCUGACUGUCACUCACACCUACAGUGUGCACUGGUUCGAGUCCCAACUGACUUACAAGCGGCGAGCCGAACGGCUCAGAGAUUACUCGUUCUUCCCCAAAACACUGGAGAUUCACUGGCUGUCCAUCAUCAACUCCCUGGUGCUGGUGGUGCUGCUGCUGGGCUUCGUCAUCAUCAUCCUCAUGCGUGUCCUCAAGAAUGACUUUGCCAGAUACAAUGUGGAGGAGGACGGAGGCUGUGAUGACCUGGACCAGGGAGACAACGGCUGGAAGAUCAUACACACUGAUGUUUUCAGGUUUCCCCCUUACAAGAGCCUGCUGUGUGCUGUACUGGGAGUGGGGGCUCAGUUCCUGACACUUGCCACAGGGAUCAUCCUCAUGGCCCUGUUAGGAAUGUUCAACGUGCACCGCCACGGCGCCAUCAACUCGGCGGCCAUCGUCCUGUACGCUCUGACCAGCUGCGUGUCGGGCUACGUCUCUUGCAGCUUCUACACACAGAUGAGCGGUCAGCGCUGGGUGUGGAACAUCAUCCUCACCUCGUGUCUCUUCUCAGCUCCUCUUUUCAUGACGUGGAGCAUCGUGAACUCAGUCCACUGGUGGUGCGGCUCCACUCAGGCUCUACCGGCCACCACAGUGCUUCUGCUGCUGGCCGCCUGGGUGAUGGUGGGCUUCCCGCUCACGGUCAUCGGAGGCAUCGUGGGAAAGAACCGGGCGGGUAGCUUCCAGGCGCCGUGCCGCACUCGCAACAUUGCCCGACAAAUCCCCACACAGCCCUGGUACAAACACACGGCCGUACACAUGGCCAUCGGCGGCUUCCUGCCGUUCAGUGCCAUCUCAGUGGAGCUGUACUACAUCUUUGCCACCGUUUGGGGCAGAGAGCACUACACUCUUUAUGGCAUCCUGCUGUGUGUCUUCGCCAUCCUCCUCUCCGUGGGCGCUUGCAUCUCGGUGGCCCUCACCUAUUUCCUUCUGUCAGGCGAAGACUACCAGUGGUGGUGGAGGAGUGUGCUGAGCACCGGCUCCACUGGCCUCUUCAUCUUCGUCUACUCCGUCUUCUACUACCGGAACCGGUCGUCGAUGAGCGGCAUGGUUCAGAGCACCGAGUUCUUUGGCUACUCUCUGCUCACGGCGCUCGUCUUCUCGCUCAUGCUGGGCAGCGUGUCUUUCUGGGCCUCGCUGGCGUUCAUUCGAUACAUCUACCAUAGCCUCAAGAUGGACUGACUAGACGUUAAAUACUUGCACAACUGUACAUGCGAAGGUCCUCUUAACACACAUGGACAAUCUUCUCCCUCCUCUCCUGUUCGUUCAGUCGUACAAACACUUAUGCCUGUUUUGGGUCAAUGUGAGGAGAAAAUGGGGCCUUUACUUUGAUUUGACAUGAUUUCACUACAGGAAUACUGUAUGAGACUGUUUAUUUUGAUGGACAAAUAAAGGGAAAAUUGUAGAGAUGGAUAUUUCCAUCAUGCUUGAUUUAGUUGAUAAUCAUUAUGAUGCAUUGUGGCAUCAGCAGCUCUGGUUUUGGCAGGAUCUUAAUUCACUCCCAAUAUUCCGGUUGUCCACGGAGACCGUGGACACACACACCAAUUUCAUCCUGUAGCAUUAAACUAUUACUGGCACUUAAACACUCACAUGUGUCAGGCUAAUAAGUACAUUUGCACUGGCCCAGUUAAGCUGGAUGUGGCCCAGCGGUGGAUAAGAUAACAUUAUAUGCCUUGUAGAGCAAGUGUUGGUGGUGGGAGCAAUAUAGUUUCUGUAUGUUUUGGUCCCCAAUGAGUUUUGGUUCUAUUGUAAAUAAUGUCUUUUCAAUAAAGUGCUUUUUAAUACAAAAUUA